GGCUUCGCCUUAGCAGAGAAGUAAUUGAAUCAGAGAGGACGUCAAAUAGCGAAGACGACGACCUGAAAGCGACCAGAAUUCAUCGCAGAAAAUCCCGAAAUUACGAUAUUAAAAGGCACUUCAAAUUUCAAUCAACGCAAUCUCUAGAGUUCUGGCUCGAAGACCCGAACUGGGUUUGCUGCAAAUUCCACGGCGAACUUGAGCUGACCACUUGAUCGGGUGUACAUGAUGAUGCUGCCCUUUCCGGACCCGGCAAAGCUCAAGACCAGGAAGAUUGUGUUUGAGGAUGUAUUUGCUGCUCUUGAUCCUUGCACACUGGAGCAACUUAAAGAGUUAAGCUCCAAACGUCGAGUUAUCGAAGAGACCAUUAAUGACACCAGCUCGAUCACAGAGGCCAUUGCAAGAGAGAUGUCCGGUGGGCUAACCUCGAAAGCUGAGCAGGAUCUUCACAAACUAAAAGAGUACCUUCCUCUGUUGGGAAACUUGAUUUUCCACCUUGAUGCAAUCAGCAGAAACAGGCAGGUCAUCCAUUGGAUUUCAAACCUGAGAAUACAGUGGAGCAGUGCCCUUGGCAGUUCAUUAUCUUUGUUAAACCUGAUGGGCGCAAAAUAUUUCCAGUUAAAUAAUAUUCGCUUCGAAUUAGGCAUGACCCUGUUUCUUUACGGAGCUAUUCUUCGUGAGAGAGCCUGCGAGAUAUCGCCAGUAGCUUUAGUGCAGUCUGCUACACUCUUCAGAGAAGCUGCUGGAGUGUACCUUUAUCUGUCUCAGGAGGUUCUUCCCUCUUUCCAUUCUGCAAAUGCCGGUCAAAAGCCACCAGAAGCUACCUCAUCUGUAGCUUCUGUUAUGAACCUCAUUUGUUUGGCUGAUGCCCAGGCUGUUACCAUUAGGAAGGCCGAGGAGAAAAAAGCUACUGUAGGUCUUUUGGCUAAGCUCCAUUAUGGGGUGGCAGAGUUCCUCAUUGAAGCGAGUGGUAUCUUGUACUCAGGAAAUGAAGAAGUUAAAGAUGUUUCUCCUCGCCUUUUUGAGUACGUCUCGUCUUUCAAAUCUCUACAUGAACUAAGAAGUAAGAGGUACCUCGCCCAGGACUUACAGGCUUUGGGCCAAGUUGGUUUAUCUAUUGGAAUUCUCCGCGAGGCCUUAAACAGUGCAGCAAAGAAGAUUCCUGGGGAAGAGUCAUGGAGGCUCAUUAUUAAAGAAGAAAUCGAUGGUGUUUCAGAGGCACUGGCAAAGCUCGAGAGGGAGAACGAGUUUGUGUGGCACGAGAAGAUUCCUUCCAGCGAUGAGCUGCCUUUACCUCAGGGAAGCAAGAUCGUGAGCGCGAUUCCUUAUCAACCCAUGAGAUACGAGAGGCAGCUUGUCUUCAAGAUUUAGGUAUAAAUAAGGUUUUUCAUGAUAUGCGCGCAUUCUUUGAAGCAAAGACUGCUGAAGCUACUUGGAUUUGUCUGAUUUUCCCGUGGAGGAUGGAAGGUGUAUAGAAGUGAUCAAAAUUCUUAGGACUUGAUUAGGUUAUGGAGUCAUUUUUGGGGUGUGAAUCGUCCGAGUCGAACAUGUACCAUUCUUGCCUUUUUUGAUAUGACCCUGGAAGUCUUACGUUAAGCGUAUUGCCAUGGUUGCUGAUGCCUCGAAUGUGUUUGAUAUGCAAA